UCACAGAGGUGUUAUUGCAUUAAGAAUAAACCAGCCAAGCGAUCAAACACCCGAAUGGAGUUUGCUUUUUCAUCCUUUGGCUACAAACCUUCGCUUGGAAACAGAAAAGUAAAGCGAGCAGUAGUCGCGCACUUUGGCUACAUUGCGGGCCGUCGAGAACUGGAUUUUCUAACUUACUGAAAUAUCCAGCUUUGCGCUUGUUGCGAAAGCUGAACAGGAGUAUUUUGGGUGGAUUACGAUGUUAUUGUUCAUCACGGGCACUUGAGUCGGGUGUUCGGGAGAGUUUUGAAUGCGGUGCGCGGCUCCCCGGACUCGGUGCACUGAGAUCCGGACGCGUUGAGAAGAGCUAGUCGGUGACGCAGAGUCCUCAUGGCGCAACGGUACGAGGAUCUGGUCCACUACGGCAUGGAUGCGGUCGGGAUCCCGUCUCCGAUGUACGGGGAUCCUCACGCGGCCCGAGCGAUGCAGACGGUUCAUGUGAGUCACGGACCGCCGCUGCACCCGUACCCGCACCCGGCCACCGUUCCCGGGGUUCCGCCGCCCGUUAACGACGCGCUCAAGCGGGACAAAGACGCCAUUUACGGGCACCCCCUUUUCCCUCUGCUUGCACUAGUUUUCGAAAAAUGUGAAUUAGCGACUUGUACGCCGAGAGAGAGCGGUGUGACCGGCGACGUUUGCUCGUCUGAGUCCUUUGACGAGGAUAUUACUGUAUUUUCAAAACAGAUAAGGGCGGAAAAGCCUUUUUUCUCGUCCAACCCAGACUUGGAUAAUUUGAUGAUUCAAGCCAUACAAGUGUUACGAUUUCAUCUGCUCGAAUUAGAAAAGGUGCAUGAACUGUGUGAUAAUUUUUGCCACCGCUACAUCAGCUGUCUGAAGGGGAAGAUGCCUAUUGAUCUGGUGGUGGAUGAUAAAGAAGGGGGAUCCAGAUCCGACGGAGAGGAAUUUACACGCACCCCAGGAGGAACAGAGCAGGUGUUCUGGAGGGAGGACGACACUGCAUCCGUUCACUCCACUGACACUCCUGCGGCCUGUGGCAGACGAUCCAGCUCACACAAUGGAGACAACAGCAGCGAGCACGGUGACUUUCUGGAUCAGAGUGUCGCCUCUCCGAGCACAGGAGAGGAGGAAGACCCCGAUAAAGAGAGGAAGAAUAACAAGAAAAGAGGGAUUUUUCCAAAAGUGGCAACCAAUAUCAUGAGAGCAUGGCUGUUCCAGCACCUCACGCACCCGUACCCUUCAGAAGAGCAGAAAAGACAACUGUCCCAGGACACCGGACUGACCAUCCUACAGGUCAACAACUGGUUUAUCAAUGCCAGGCGGAGAAUCGUCCAGCCGAUGAUUGACCAGUCCAACAGAGCAGUAGGUCACAGUGGCCCGUAUACUCCUGAUGGUCAGCCAAUGGGAGGUUUCGUAAUGGACGGACAGUCACACAUGGGCAUCCGACCACCAGCGGCUCUGGGUGGUCUUGGGGGAGUCAACAUGGGUCUGGAGAGUCAGUGGCACUACAUGUAAACAAACCCCUGGCAUCCUGCUGAACACAGCAGAUGAGAGGCUUUUUUUAUAGCGAGAGGAUCGAUCCUUUGCUCACGUACCCCAACGGAUUUCGUUUAAAAAAAAAAAAGGAUUUUGACUUGAAGCACCACUUUUUUCAACAGUACAGACACCCUGCAGCUACAGAUCCAAGAUGGCCGCCAGGAGUCUAGUUUCCUCAUGAUGGGCAGAUCAAGCGUAUCAGUGCAGACAGACGACAAUAGAGCAAAAGCAACGCCUCCACACCUGGAUGUGCUCGCUCUGGGCUGGGACAUUUCGGCUGACCAGGUGAAUCUUCAAGUGGCCUGAAAGGUCAAAACAAAGGCUCGUGUUUCAACUGGAGUGAAGAGUCAUUAUUGAGCUGCCACCAUCACACUUCACCAGCCUCUGUUACAGACGUUCGCCAUCUAAUCUGCAUAAAAGCAAUUCAGUAUCAAGCUCAAACGUGUAUAUAAUGCUGCUGGAUGUUGACGAAUGACAGAUGAAAGUGUCUCAUACUACAUUUACCACGGUAUAAACCGGCUCGGAUGAUCUGGACAGAUUACUCAAAGGUACUAAUGAUUGUUCUGAUGUGAGCUGAGAUGUAUAUUCACACUAUGUGUGUGUGCGUACGUGUGUGUGUUUGGUUUUCAGUGAGUGUGUGUUUAUUCACAUAAAAAUUCAUACCUCAA